AUGCCAACCAGAUUAACUAAAACUAGAAAACACAGAGGUCACGUCUCCGCCGGUAAGGGUCGUAUCGGUAAGCACAGAAAGCAUCCAGGUGGUCGUGGUAUGGCUGGUGGUCAACAUCACCACAGAAUUAACAUGGAUAAAUACCAUCCUGGUUACUUCGGUAAGGUUGGUAUGAGAUAUUUCCACAAACAACAAAACCACUUCUGGAAGCCAGUUGUCAACUUGGACAAAUUGUGGACUCUUAUUCCAGAAGAAAAGAGAGACACUUACUUGAAGAGCUCUAACGCUUCUGCUGCUCCAGUUAUCGACACUUUGGCUGCCGGUUACGGUAAGGUUUUGGGUAAGGGUAGAUUGCCAGAAGUCCCAGUCAUUGUCAAGGCUAGAUAUGUUUCUAAAUUGGCUGAAGAAAAGAUCAAGGCUGCCGGUGGUGUCGUUGAAUUGAUUGCUUAA